AGUAAGGGAUUUGACAGUGUGGUGGAACACUUUGUUUAUACUUAUUUUCCGCUCUACGGGUCUAGUCCCUCGGGCCCGGACCCAGGACGACAGAAAAAAACAGAUAAAUUCACUUUGCAAAAAUCCUCCCGCUAAGAGAUGACUCAACAGGGCAAACUCACUUAUCCGGAUAUGUGGAUCAUAUAUAUAUAUGUAUAUAUAUUUAUAUAUUGAACUUAACCGGCCCUGAAAUGUGACUAAAUCUGCAAUAGACAGUUUAUGAAGAAAAGAAAAUUACAGUAGAGGCUGGAUUAGAAAGAUUAGCACAAGACAAUGAUCUUAACAGACAGCGGACAGUCUUAACCGGAAUCUAAAAUGUACAUUGAAUUAUCCGGAUUCUUAACAACCGGAUACGAAGCCGCCAUAGUGCUCGUUUAGUGUUAUAACCGAAUAUCAGAAUUUAGUGUUUCUAGAGAAAAAGGCGAUCCGGAUAACAGAGAAGGUGAUCCAGAUAACAGAGAAGGCGGAUAUCAAAAUAACGGAUAUCACAGUGAACACAACCGGCCCAAUGCAUAACAUAAUCAAGAUGUGCAGUUUCGAGGGGACUAAGUCGACCAAGGGAGCGUCCAAGAUGCGUCGGGAUCUGCUCAACGCUGAGAUCUGUCAGUUGAGGGAUCUGUUGCCGCUGCCGCCCUCCACACGCCAGAGACUCUCCCAGCUCCAGCUGAUGGCCCUCGUCUGUGUCUACGUCAGGAAGAGUAACUACUUCCAGCAGGCCAUGACGCAGUCUGGAGGAGUGCGUCUUGAAGCACCAAAUAUGGAGUUCCUUAAGGCGCUGAGCGGGUUCCUAAUGAUGCUGACGCAAGGAGGGAAGCUGCUCUACAUCUCUGACAACGCUGCCGAGUACCUGGGCCACUCUAUGGAGGACCUGCUGAUCCACGGGGACAGCGUGUACGACAUUAUUGACAAGCAGGACCACGCUGCCGUACAGGCAGAGCUGGUGAGGGCCGGUCACGCCUCCCAACACCUCGACGAAGACCGUCUCUUCCUCUGUCGUAUGAACGUCUCCAGGAACGCCAGAAGACAGAUGAGGUUCGGCGACCAGAAGGUGGUGCUGGUGGCCGGACACUACCUGUCCUACCUGCCCUUGUGCUCGAGGAACGAGCCGGUGUUCCUGGCCCACUGCACGCCCGUCGCCAUGCCGGAGACCAGAGAGAGUGUGGUGCAGGGCGCCACCAACGUCUUCACCUCCGUCCACACCCUCGACAUGAAGUUCCUCAACCUCGACAGAAACGGGGAGUUCCACCUUGGGUACAGUCGGUCGUCCUUGGCUGGGGUGUCGUGGUACCACCUUCUGCACCCUGAGAAUAUGAGAGAGGCCCAGACCAAGCACCGCCUCAUCACGACGAGCGAGCAAGACAGGUCGUGCAUCCUGCUGGUGCGUCUGCAGGCUGCAGGAGGCACGUGGCGCUGGGUCCACUGCGUCCUGCAGGUGAAGGAUGCCGCCGACUCCAGCCAACAGACGGGGCAGAGCACACAGGUCAGCAACAGUAGCAGCAGCAACAGCAGCAGUACCAGCAGCAGUAACAACAACAGCAGUAACAGCAGCAGCAGCAGCAGCACACAGCAGCAGCAGCAGCCAGUGAUCGUGGCCACCAACCAGGUCUUGGGAGAGAAGGAGGCGGCGGUACUACGCGCCAACUCGUGGCUCUAUCACUACUACACCAUGCAGUCCAAGCUCCAGUAUGGCCUUGCCUACGAUGCCCACGCUCAGAGGGUCCACGCCUACUACCCCCAGGUCAUGACCUAUCAGGGUGAUGCUUCAGCAGCCUCCUACAUGAGUUCCGCUUCUAUUAACGGCGGGGCCUACCCCCACGCCCACCAGGGCUACCCGGCCUCCGCCCACCACGCCCCGUACUCCCUGGCCACGCCCACCGCUUACGCCCACCUUCAACACUACCAUCACCACUACUCCGUGCGCCUCCAACACGGCCUAGACUACUCUCGGGACCCCGCCUGGGGCUACUACGACUCCUCCCACGCCAACUCCCACGCCCACAGCAACCACGCCCCCACGCCGCACGCCCACACCACCCACGCCCACUCAGGAUCCUCCCGAACUACCAGAGCCUCAGAAUCACCAACGGAAAUAAAGCGCAAGUCUCCAUCAACGCCCAUGUCAUCACAUGGCGUAUCUGAGGGCGGCGGGGUGGCGGUGGCGGCUCCCGUGCCUGUAAGGGCGGCUCCAGGGGCGGCUAUACACAAGGGGGCGGCGUCCCCGGAGCUGGAACAACACCUGGAAGCGCCCUGGAAGGCGUCCCCGACACAGGAAGUUCCAGACUACCCAGAGUACUCUUCCUACGUCACGCCGCCCUACUCAGCCGCCACGCCCACCAAACUCAACGUCUUCACCUUUGACCCUGCUGACCCGCGGGACGCCCACGCCCACCAGGACCACCACGUGCCCUCAGGGCCCCAGGAGCCCAGAGACGCGCCCUGGUAUUCUCACGCUUACGUCAGAUAAGAGUAUGUUGCUGAAGACACCUGCAGCUUAUAUACGUCUUCAUGAUCAAUGUCUAGCAGGUGCCCGCUAGUCUCCGCUAGUCGUGGUCGCAGUGGCCACCUCCCGAGGCUCUCCCUCGCCUCCGCCUCCACUCUACACCUCGAGGUCGACCUCGCCCUCUGGGAGCCUCUCCAAGCACCGUGUGGUCCUCUGGGGCGGCUUUAACAUAUCUUAAACCAUUUGGACGCACGUUGAAGUGACUUCUGGUGCCCCUGGACGCUUGUGGAAUUAAUCAGUGGCCAUCUGGAAUUAUCUGGAGGUGUCGUUUGGUCUCCCCUGGAAGCUUGAGGAGUUAAUUAAUGAUCGUCUGGAAGUACCUGGAGGUGACGUGGAUAUCUGGACACUUCACAAUGUGAUUUAUGAUCAUUUGGAAGCACUAGGCAGUGACGCGUCGCACCUUGAAAGCUUCUGAGAACAAGAUUAUGGUCAUCUGGAAGCUUUCUUAACUUGCGACCACGUGAGAGCCACUGCACGUAAUUUGAGGCCGUCGGAUAGCCUGAAUUCUUUAUCUGUGGUCCUGUGUAAGUAGUUCCUAUUGAUUUUGAAUCUUCUGCCAAUUGACUUUAUCCGACUGGAUUUCCCAGCAGUAGAUUUUAUGACGCUUUGGAUGCUUUAAAUACUGUACUAUUAUCUUGAGCAGCUCGUAUGAAAUACUACUUUACAAAGUGAUGUAUUAACCACCUGGAGAUCUUUGAGAGUAUUUAUAGUAUGUGAAAGCUCCUUAAAUGAUAAGUCUUAGUGCCUUUAAAGCGUUUGUGGCUUUUUUGAAUAUACGUUUGUAAAUACGCCGUGGAACUUUGAGGGCCUUGUGUCUCUAUAAGCAUAUGUAGAUGUGAUUUGUGUCUCUGGAAUGUGUUAAUUUAGUAACUGGUGCUACGAGCACUAUACUGAGUUAUUUAUGGCCCCAUUUACGAGUUUCUAUAAGUUUCUAGAGUACUCAUUCUGCCAUGCUGGAAACCUCUGUGAUUGCAAGACACACUCUGGUGUGUCUCUAAAUAUAUCGUGACAUUUACAAAAUCCCACGUUAAUUAUUAAAAUGCCAGAAUGCCAUACUGUAAAUUGUGUAUGACACCUCGUUACCUUUGUAAAUGACGCGAGACUGUUCAAUUCUCCAAGUGCGUCUGCCACUAGACGUUUCUAGAAGCAUAUGCUGCACGUGUAUUCUCUAUUGAGACAAAUUUAACUUCUCAUGCUGUGAGACGCUUUAGUUGCCGUUCUAAGUAGUUUAUCGAAAGAAGGCGCCAUGACCUUUCGCAGGAAACAUGGCGAACUGGAUGUCUCAAAGAGUGAUCCGAUGCUCUUAAGAGCCUCUAGGUAUGGAGUUAUAAACUAGAAAUCUCUUUUUGGGGGGCAACUUCUAGCAUUGCUGGAAGCCUCCGUUAAUGACUCAUCUAGAAAUGAGUCAUUAACGAAAUGAGUUAUGCUGGAAACUCAUCCUAGAAAAUUUGAAGCAUCGUGAAGACUCUAUAUACGACAUGAUGAGUUCUAUAUACGAAGUGAUGAGCUCUAUAUACGGGGUGAUGAGCUAUGUAAACAAGGUGAUAAAUGAACUUAGAAAAAACACAAAAGGAACAUUUCUUUAGUUUCUUUAGUAACAUAAGUUUUCACCGACGUCAAACGCAGUGAAAAGGACAGAUUUUUAUAGUGCUGAAAUCUGCGUCUUUAUGGAGGAGUUGACAGGAGUUGACAGGAGUUGACAGAAGGUCGGGGACGCGGAGGACUCGUCCGAUUCUGUUGGUAACGCGCGUGACUGUGAUUGGCCUGUUAUCAUGCAAGGCUAACAGCUUCGUUAUCUACAUUGACCGUUACCGAGGCAGUAACUAUGUUGUGUGUAUUCUCCAAUUAAGGACGAUGUCUUCCUAGAGUUCUUCGGCACAACCUGUAUGAUACAGCUUGUAUGAUACAGCUUGUAUGAUACAGCCUCUAUGAUACAGCCUCUAUGAAACAGCCUGUGUGAUACAGCCUUUAUUAUACAGCCUCUAUGAUACAGUCUGUAUGAUACAGUCUGUAUGAUACAGCCUGUAUGAUACAGCUUGUAUGAUACAGCCUCUAUGAUACAGC